AUGACCGGUACUCCAGAUAGCGAAGGCCUUAUUCCAGUUGAGGCUCAACACAUUAUAAGCCCUGUCAGCCCAGUGCACACCUCGGAACGUACCACCCAUUCGCAUUCGCCACCUCUACCAGACGUCACAAGUCCACAUCCAGUCCUAGAACACGAACACGAACGUACCCGACCCGAAGACGCGCCCAUGCCAGUCAUCUCUGAGCCCAUCUCUGGAAUGUCGGAAAAGCAAUACGCUGGUCAACUUUCUGACAGUGAAUCUCACCCAGCAUUCGCAGGCCAACAUCCCAUGAACUCUGCAUCAAAUGAGAAGGCCUAUCCUGGCCAGCCAAGCCAGCCAAUCCCCGACCGAUCACUACCACAGGCGUACUAUACACCAUUUGGUCAAUCAACUAACUAUGCGACCGCAGUACCUUUACAUGCACUUCAGUCGGCUCCGUGUCCUGUUGACUGUCCUGCCUGCGGGCAACGCGAAAUAACCAAAACACUAGCAGUAUCAGGAGGAACUACACAUGCCUGGGCUGCCGUACUCUGCUUCUGUUGCUGUCUCGGAUGUAUCCCAUACCUGAUUUCGUCCCUCAAAGAUGUCGAGCACUCUUGUGGAAAGUGUGGUGUGAAACUCGCACGCUGGCAUAACAGCGGGCGUGUCGAAGUGUUUCAAAGUGAGAGAUCAUCUGUUGGGACUCAGCAGUCUAACUUGGGGUCGAAUGCUCAGUCGCAACCAAAAAUACAAGAUCACCGCGAUUUUCCACCUUCACCACCUGGAACACUCUCCAUCAUGUUUCGAUUGAUAGUUGCAAUCAGCGCUGUGCUGACAGGAUCAUCCGUGGUAUAUUUUUACAUCUUUCACCAAAACCUAUCCGCGCGCAUCCAGCACAUAUCACAUUGCGGGCGAUCAUCACCAAAAUCCAAGCCGAUAAGCAUCGAGUCGGUCCCUGAUUGUGCAUUUACAGAUCAGUAUAUUUCACUCCAUGAUCGUGCCUCAAUAUCUGUUACUCGUGGCGCGCUCCCAAAGGUUCCAACAGAAAUAUUGUUGACCAAACUGGCCCGCCGCAACAUGACUGUGUUCUCUCACUUCCCACAGGCCUUGAUGAUCCGGUUUGUCUGCCAUAGUCCAGAGACCAGAGAAAGCUUCAAAGCAUCGCAUAUUGAAUCCCUUGAUUUUGAUAAAGGGGACCUGGUCUGUGGUGCGUACCGCGUCAUUGUACGCAGCAGCAACAAAGUGGAAUUUGAAAUGAAGAUGGAGAAUAUGGAGUUCAUGAAUGGAAGACUUGCUCUGAGCGUUCAGGAGAAGGGAGAGGAGGUGGUGUUUUCUACUGAGACGAUGAUGUGGAAAUUGGCGGAGGAGAUGCAGGCUAUGCCCCUGGAAAAGCCAUUGCUUCGAUGGAUGCAUGAGACUGCAUCUUGGUGGUUGAUUGAAUCUGGCGUGAGAUAUUUGACGGAACUUGAGUGUAAUUAA